AUGCUCGUCUUCACAACCACACGUUGUCCGCGGAAUCCGCCCUCGGCCUGCCUUUUGUCCGUCGGACUCUUCUCAAGUCCACAUCUUCCGAAUUUGGAGGCUCCAGGGUGUCCUCAUAUACGCCCUGCGCCCCGCUGCCACAUGCCGCCCUAACUGUGGUUUUGGCGUUACUCCCGAGAUCAGAUCCCCGAGUGUCUACACCAUCUCUCCCGGUGGCUGCCUCUUCCCGCCGCCGAAUCCAUUCGGUGUCGGCAGUUACAAGGGCCGUACAGCGCUGACAAAAGGCGCCGCAGGCCUCUGUCGGUCUCCAAUUGUCCAAGGAAUCCUUACUUAAUCGGGGACUCGCAUACGGCACCAUGGGCCAGAAACGCGCCUGUGAUGCCUGCCACGCCAGGAAAAUUCAAUGUGAUUCAGCAAAAGCAGACGCCUCCUGCAAUUGGUGUGACCAUCACGGUCUUGCAUGCACCUUUAAUAGAGUGAGGGGGAGGAGAAAGCAGCCAAAACCAAAGUCCAAAUUGAGCUCUGAACAGAGCCUCACCGAACGACUCGAGCGUAUCGAGAAUGCUUUAAAAAGGACAAUUGCUCACCAUGAGUCGACCAACACAUCGUCAAUUGCUUCAGCACCUUCCGCAGCUUCAACGCCACCAUUCGCAUCAAGUCCUUUCGCCUCAACCCCUUCCGUCAACACUCGCUCUCAAACGAAAGAGCGCUUGAGCAGGGACCCAGUUAUCAAGGAACCAGCCAAUCUCGGGGAGCAGUUUGCCGCCUAUGAGUCAACUCGGUCACCGUUCAUUUCCACUCCUAGCACCUGCUUCACCACCAGCGUCUCCUUUGGCCAUAUUCACUACGCCGGGCAUCACCUUGGACAAAUCAGCUCCCACAACGGCAUGCCCGUACUCUCCGAGGAAGGUCAAAACUGGAUAUCAUCGAGAACCGGCGAGGAUGUCUCAUUUGGAAGGUUCCACCACGGAUACCAGAACCGGAAUCUCCCCUCGGCUCUAUCGCCUUCCCACGUUUACAGGUCAGAAAGCGAACUCCAUGAGCUGCCGGAGAGGAGCCUUGUGGAGCUAGUCCUCGACGUAUUUUGUACCUCUGCGUUCAGGUUGGUUUUCCCCGUGAUAGAUCGCAUUCUCUUUGAAGAAACCAUGGCUUUAGCGUACGAGCCAUACGAUGGACCACCAUCUCUUGAAUGCAUCAGCGCCAAAGGUUGUGUCCUUGCUUUCGUCUCGAUAAUGGUCAUGUUUCCAGGAGGUCAAAGGGAGCUAUUACCCUCUAUAGACGGCGAUGCAUGCGCUGUCAGGGCGCAUUAUUUGCUGUCAGAUGUUUUUGAAGACUCAAGCCUCCUGAGCCUUCAAACCGUCUUCAUGUUGCACAUGCACCAGACAUUUUCGGGCCGUUUGCAAUCGGCGAGCAUGCUGCAUGCGAUUGCUUGUCGUAUUGUUUUCAUGCUCGGGGGACAUACUUACCAACCUAUCAAAUCUUUCGGUUCUCAAGCAACCCGGAAAGAACGGGAAACUCGCCAGCUGCGCAUGUUGUUCUGGCUGUGUUACAUUUUCGACAAGGACAUCGCGCUUCGCACAGGCCAACCGCCACUGAUGACUGACGACUAUUGUGACCUGACGCUUCCAGAAAACUACGUAAACUGUUACUUUUACCUCCCGGACAUGGAUGAGAAUAACUCUGUUUCCCACAGGAAUGAAGAGCUCACACCUCACCUUCCUGGGGACCCACUCUUGAGCCAUCUCAAGGACAAAACUUGUCGUAUGCUUUACUCGGCACAGUCUCUCAAGAAAUCAGACGCCGAGUUGCUCCGCGACAUCCGAGAGCUGGACGACGAACUUGAGAGUUGGCGACUGUCUAUUCCUCCCGACUUUCGACCUUCACUGUCGAUAAAGGAGAACUCAAAAUUCCUUCCCCCGAAUAUGCAGCUGCCGCGAAGUAUGCGACAUAUCGGUUUGCAUGUCGAGUACCACCACCUCAUGACAACAAUCCACAGAGCGAGCGGCAGAUGUUUUGCGAUGCAAUCCGAAAAUGGUUCUAAUGAUGCUGAGUGGAGCGGUGGUGUUCGAUCCAGUAUCGCACUCUCGUUGGAAGCAAGCCGUUCGACCAUCAUCUUCUUGAAAGCAGCGGUGAGGGGACUGGCUGGCGAGGCAUUCUGGAUCAUCGUAUUUUACCCCACCUCCGCCAUCAUGUCCCUCUUUCUCAAUAUCAUCAUGUAUCCUUUGGACCCCCAGGCCAAAUUCGACAUAGAUCUACUCAGCGAGGCUGCUUAUUUGGUCAGAAGCAUGCCGGUCCGCAAGAUGACGGCUUACGAGAUGAGCCACAUGAAGGUAGUAAACGACUUUGUCGCUGAGCUUAUACGACUUGCACAUUGCGCCAUUGCUAAAGCGACGAUGGAGCGAGACCAAGGACAGCAAAACACGCCAACUGGGUGACAGGAUGGUUUAAUCAAAGGAGUUGUGAUUGUUGGAGUUUGUCGGGGUAA